AUGGGCGGCGAAGAACCUACACCCGAGAACUACACCUUGCUUCNNCAGGGCUUUGAGUGGAAUGUUCCUGCUGAUGGCAAGCAUUACAAUCGCUUGCACGAUGCGAUGCCCGCCUACAAGCACAUCGGCAUCUCCAACAUCUGGCUUCCUCCAGGCUGCAAAGCCAGCUCUCCCAACUUCGACCAAAAGGGCGGCGUAGCCACAAAAUGGGGCACCAAAGACGAACUCCUCGCCCUGUCCUCAGCCGCCAAAGACGCAGGCAUCGGCCUCUACUGGGACGCCGUGCUCAACCACAAAGCCGCCGCCGACAAANAGGAAAAAUGCCAUGUCGUGGAAGUCGACCCCAACGACCGCGACAAGCAAAUCUCGGACCGCAAAGAAAUUACCGCAUGGCUGGGUUUCAAUUUCGACGGCAGAGGCGAUAAAUACUCCAAGCAGAAAUACCAUUGGUAUCAUUUCGGAGGUACGGAUUAUGAUGCUGCAACGGGCAAGAAUGCGAUUUUUCAGAUUCAGGGUGAGGGUAAGGGGUGGAGCGAGUCUGUGGAUGAUGAAGGCGGCAAUGCCGAUUUCCUCAUGUUUGCCGACUUGGACUACUCGCAUCCGGAAGUGUGCGAGGAUGUUACCAAUUGGGGCAAGUGGAUUGUCAAAGAGGUUGGUCUGAAGGGAUUCCGUCUGGAUGCUGUGCAACACUUUUCGCAGCGUUUUACCAAGGAGUGGAUCGAGGCAUUGAGGCAAGAGUAUGGCGAUCUCUUCUACGUUGGAGAGUUCUGGACUGGCAACAAGCAAGACCUGAUUGAUUGGGUCAACCUGAUGGAGAGAAAGUUCUCGCUGUAUGACAGCCCGCUGCUCAACAACUUCUCAAGCCUCAGCAAGACGGAGAACGCAGAUCUGAGAAAGGUGUUCGAUGACACCUUGGUCCAGGACAUGCCUGUGAACGCUGUGUCUCAACCAACCAGANCAGUAGUAGUAAACCACGACACGCAACCCGGCCAAACCGUCGAAACCCCCGUCGAAGGCUUCUUCAAGCCCCUCGCCUACUCCCNNCUAAUCCUACUGCGCCGCGACGGCUACCCCAGCAUCUUCUAUGGCGACCUCUACGGCACAAAAGGCGACAACCCCGAACCUCCUGCCUGCGGCGACAAACUCGCCGACCUGAUCCUCGCACGCAAAAUCUUCGCAUACGGCGAACUCAAUGACUACUGGGACAACCCCAACUGCAUUGGUUGGGUGAGAAGAGGAACACACGAUAGAAAGAAUGGAUGUGCGGUGGUGAUGAGCAACACUGGGCCUGGAGAGAUCAAGAUGCAUGUGGGGCCUGAGCACAAGGGAGAGGUGUGGACGGAUUUGCUGGAAUGGGAGCAAGGAGAAGUCACUAUCGACGAGGAAGGCAAUGGUGUCUUCAAGUGCCCUGGUUGCAGUGUUGCUGUCUGGGUCAACAAGGAUGCAGAGGGCAGAGAGCACUUCCCUGUCAACUUCGACAGUGAUAUCUACAAGGAGGCUGGCAAGCAGAACGGCGACAAGGAAGAGAAUGAAGACAAGAAGGAAUAG